AUGGUUGAAGAUGGUAGGGUGCGCGUGGUGGACGCGAUCGCGGAAUCCAAAGAUCAAUAUAUCAUUGCGCUGGCAUCUGAAGCCGCAACGAAGCCACUUCAGCUGACUGAGUUGGAUUAUCAUCAUCCAAGCGAGCUGCAGUCAGACAAGGAUAUUCAAGAGGCGCCGGGGUUCACUACAAUGCGUCACGAAGUUUGCUGA